AUGGCGUUAUCACAAGCAGCAGCCCAGCUCGAGAAGGUCAUCGGCCACGGCGACAAUGCGACCACCGAGCAGAACUUGACCAACCCAGACCGAAACCGCGAAAAGUAUGCCGACCCAAGCGGCGAGAAGAUGAAGGCAUUGGCCUGGAUGGGAAAGAACACAGUCGAGAUGAUCGAAGUCCCCAAGCCAAGAGUCGUCGAAGACAAAGAUGUGAUUCUCAAAAUCACAGGCAGCACAGUAUGCGGCAGUGACCUUCACCUCCUACAUGGAAGUGUCGUCGUGCUGGAGAAGGGAGAUAUCCUCGGCCACGAGUUCUGCGGUGUCGUAGACUCGGUCGGCUCAGCUGUGACGAACGUGAAGAAGGGCGACAGGGUCGUGGCGAGCUUCCAGAUUGCCUGUGGCGACUGCUAUUUCUGCGAGCAGAAGCUGUCUUCGCAGUGCGAGAAGACGAAUUCCAACACGAUCGAGAACGGCAUGUAUGGAGGACGAACCGCAGGAAUGUUUGGCUACAGCCACUUCACUGGAGGAUUUGCUGGAGGCCAAGCAGAGUACACCCGUGUACCAUAUGGCGAUGUCAACCUCCUCAAGCUGCCAGACGAUGUGCCAGAUGAGAAGGGUCUCUACCUCUCCGACGUAAUCUCAACGAGCUGGAACUGCGUGGUCGACACGGGCGUGAAGGAAGGCGAUGUCGUCGCCGUAUGGGGCGCGGGACCAAUCGGACAGAUGGCAGCAGAGUUCUCCUUCCUGCACGGCGCAAGCCGAGUCAUUGUCAUCGACAGCAACUGGCGCCUGGACUACAUGAAGGAGAAGUACCCCAGAGUCGAAACUGUCGACUUCUCGCAGCUAAAGGGCACCAAAGCCGUCGUCUCGAAGCUAAAGGCAAUGUGCAACAACCGCGGCCCAGACGUCGCUCUCGAAUGUGUUGCCGGAGAGUACCCUAAAGGCUGGUUCCACGCUGCACAAAUUACCCUCGGCCUCGAAACAGACACCUCCGAGAUCCUCAACGAGAUGAUCGAGUCCGUGCGGAACUUCGGUCGCGUGGGCAUCACGGGUGUUUACGUUGGAUACACCAACAACUUCAACAUUGGAUCUCUCAUGGAGCGUGGUAUCAGGUUCAUCGGCAACGGACAGGCGCCCGUGCACCUGUACUGGGAGGAGCUGCUGAAGCGCAUUCAGAGUGGCGAGAUUGAUCCGUUGAAGAUGGUGACGCACAGAGUGGAUAUUGAGGAUUUGGCGAAGGUGUACUACAAGUUUGAGAAGAAGGAGGAUCAUAUGCAGAAAGUUUAUGUGCAGACGAAGUUUUCGGCGCCGCCUUGUGAGGGCUCGCCGGCUUUGACGAGGUAUUAG